CGCCCCGCAUCAGCACCACGGACAGCGCCCCAGGACCCCAUUUCGCCGCCGCCAGCCCAACUGCGGACGGCACCGCGGACAGCCUCCUUGCCCAACCCCUCAGUCGGCUCCAGCGGUCAGCACCCCCGGAACAUGGCCACCGAGGUGCACAAUCUGCAGGAGCUGCGGCGGAGUGCGUCCCUGGCCACCAAGAUCUUCAUCCAGAGAGACUACAGCGACGGCACCAUCUGUCAGUUCCAGACCAAGUUCCCCCCAGAGCUGGAUGGCCGGAUUGAGCGGCAGCUCUUUGAGGAGACUGUGAAGACCCUCAAUGGCUUCUACGCAGAAGCGGAGAAGAUUGGGGGCAGCUCCUACCUGGAGGGCUGCCUGGCCUGCGCCACAGCCUACUUCAUCUUCCUCUGCAUGGAGACCCACUACGAGAAGGUUCUCAAGAAGAUCACACGCUACAUCCAAGAGCAGAAUGAGAAGAUCUUUGCCCCUCGAGGCCUCCUGCUCACGGACCCCGUUGAGCGUGGGAUGAGGGUUAUCGAGGUCUCCAUCUACGAGGACCGGUGCAGCAGUGGCAGCUCCAGCAGUGGCAGCAGCAGCAGCGCCAGCGGCAGCAGCAGUGGGGGGGGCGGUGGGGCGGGGUCCCGGUGACUGGCCGAGACUCCCUGCCGGGAGGUGUAUGGCCGGACCGAAGGCCUUGCAGACCUGCGACGGCUGCGCUACCAGAGCACCCGCUUCUGAGUCAUUCUGUGGGCCCACCUGCUCCCCAGGGUGGGCGGGAGGGUGACUGGCCAGUGUUUGCUGCAGGCCAUCAGCCACGCACCCUGCCAUGGCCCCCAGGGAAGGACGGUCCCCUUCCUGACCUGGCUCCUCCCCAUAAGGCUGGUCUGGGUCACACGGAGGCUGGGGUGGGGACAACACAAUCUGAACAACCCAUUUCCUCUGCAGCAGCUCUCUCAACACCCGAGAGGGCCCAGGUGUGUUACGUAGAGAACUCCCAUCCUGCAUGAUUCCUCACCCCGUCCCAGGACACCCUCCCCUUGGGCCCUGCUCCCAUGGCUGACUCCCCGUGUCUGUGCUUCCUGAUGCCACCCCAGGCCUCUGCCUGUCUGCGAUCCUGCCUCCACCUAACUUGAGGUCUGGGGAGGUGGGAGUGGUCAGACCAUGGCCGCCGUGGUGGAGAGCUAGCUGUUCAGUCCCCUCCUGAACUCCUUCAGACCUGUGGCUCCCUGCCCUCACCCAAAGCCUGAGGCCACCAUGGCCUUGCCAAGAAGCACCCAACUCCCGAGACUCUGUAGGCAACCAGGUGUCGGGCCUGGGACACAGCCUCGGGCUCUGGGGGGUGAUGUGGGGUCUGGAGAAAGGCUCCAUGGAGAGAUGCAGCCUUGGGGGCUCGACCCUCCAGAACCGAAGCCAACUUCCUGAGGUUAGAGCCACAUGUAUGUGAGCACGAGUGGGGGCGCACGUAGGAUGAAUGUGAGUGCACUAUGUGCGUGGAUGCACGUGUGUGUAGGUGUGUGACGCACGUGUGUGUGUGAGUGCACUGUACGUUCCCCCUGGCUGCCAGGCCGAUGACCGCCCCUCUCUGCAUCCUGUCUGACCUUCCAGUGCGACGGUCUGUGGCUGCUUCCCUGCGUGGGCCCAACCUGCCCCCUGUACAUACAUGCCCUCAAGCCCCUGCCCCUGCCCCUGCCCCUGCCCCUGCCCCGUGGCUGCUAGCUUGGCUCUUCUUCCAGGCCUUUUCCCUACCUGAAAGGUUCUCCUCACCUUCUGACUCUACUGUGUACCUUCUAGCAGAAGAGAAGUUGGGGUUCUAGGAGAGCAGAGCCCACCUGGGGCCUUCCGUGCCCCUGUCCCAGCCCCCGUGACAAGGCAGCAGGGCCACAGAGCUCAUACUCAGCCCGCCCCCGCUUCGGGAUUCUCUAAGACUAAGUGAGGCCUCUCGGACAUUCAAGGGAGCCGGCAACCCGCAGGGAAAAAGGCAAACCUCCUUCUUGAAAGGAAAGAGGAACAUCCAGCCCAUACGUCCCUGCUGCCCAGGCUCAGGGUGUCCAGGGGAAGGAGCUGCCCCGUCCGGGUGCCCUGAAGGUGCACAUCGGAGGCUGCCUGCCUCAGUGGCAGGAGGUGCUAGGAGGAGAUGGAGAGACCAGCCUCCGCAGGCAGCUUUCUGAGCCUGGAGAGGGGCCUGAUUGUCUUCGGACACAGGAGCAGCAUGUGGGAAGCAGAUGCCCACCCAGAGAGCUAGAGAGGGUGUCCCAGCUCCCGAGCCCAAGUGGGUUCUGAUCCAAGAGUCGCCCGAGAGAGCUGCAGUCCAGUGGGCUCCUCCACAGCCCCCUGACCCCUGGCCCCGGCCUGAGCCCACCCUGGCCCACUGUGUGACUGGGCCUUGUGUCUCACCUGUGCCUCUCCAGUGGGCUGGCUGGGCACAGGUGAUGCGGCGGCCUUUUGUUUUGUUAUUUCUUUUUCCAAUAAAAGGACUUGCUGAGCUUGA